UGUUUCCCGCCCGCCUGGUGAUUCGUGUGUCCCUCCCAGGAUGUUCCGCCGAGAGCGCUCCAUUCCCCUUCGAGGUUCAGCUGCCGCUUUGUGCAACAACCUCAGUGUGCUGCAGCUACCGGCUCGCAACCUCACGCACUUUGGAGUGGUUCAUGGACCAAGUGCCCAGCUUCUUAGCGCUGCCCCUGAGGGUGUGCCCUUGGCCCAACGCCAGCUCCAUGCCAAGGAAGGCGCUGGAGUGACCCCCCCACUUAUCACUCAGGUCCACUGGUGUGUCCUUCCCUUCCGAGUACUGCUGGUACUCACCUCACACCGAGGAAUACAGAUGUAUGAGUCUGAUGGCUCUGUCAUGGUCUACUGGCACGCUCUGGACUCUGGAGAUGCUUCUCCAGUACAGGCUGUGUUUGCCCGAGGAAUUGCUGCCAGUGGCCACUUCAUCUGUGUAGGAACAUGGUCAGGCCGAGUACUGGUGUUUGACAUCCCGGCCAAGGGUCCCAACAUUGUACUAAGUGAGGAGCUGUAUGGACACAAGACACCAGUCACAGACAUUGCCACUGAGCCUUCCCAAGGUCAGGAUUGUGUGGUUGACAUGGUGACAGCAGAUGACUCAGGCUUGCUGUGUGUCUGGCGGUCAGGGCCAGAAUUUACAUUAUUGACACGCAUUCCAGGAUUUGGAGUCCCAUGCCCCUCUGUGCAGCUGUGGCAGGGGAUCAUAGCAGCAGGCUACGGGAAUGGGCAAGUUCGUCUCUAUGAAGCCACUACAGGGACUCUGCACAUCCAGAUCAACGCCCAUGCCCGGGCCAUCUGUGCCCUGGACCUAGCUCCUGAGAUGGGCAAGUUACUCUCUGCAGCUGAGGACACUUUUGUGCAUAUUUGGAAACUGAGCAGAAGCCCAGAGAGUGGCUACAUUGAGGUGGAACACUGUCAUGGUGAGUGUGUAUUUGACACCCAGGUGUGUGGUGCUCGAUUCUUUGAUCCCUCAGGCAACUCCUUUGCUGUGACUGGCUAUGACCUCACCGAGAUCUUGAGAUAUAGCACUGUGUAAGAGAAGAGCAGCCUUCCUUUCUCCCUGUGGUAUUUAUAAAGUACCCUCUCCACCCA